ACUUGUUGCGAUUGCCACACUGUAACAUAGAUAAUGUAAUAUAUGUGCAUAAAGGCCUGUUCAGUUCUAAUAUAUAUAUUCCACGUUCAUCUAUGCUGUUACAUUGCUGGCAGGUUGCUGAUGUCCCCCGUUAAGUAUUUGUGUACUGCUAACUAUGCAGAAUGCGGGCUGCCCUCCUUCAUACGCCAUUCUGUCACAUACAUGGGGUAACGGCGAAGUGUCGCUUCAGCAAUACCAGAUAUGGCGAGGCCUUUUAACCGAUCCCUUCUUUGAUAAUAAUUCAAGCAUCGAAGAUGAAAUCUCGAGCGGGGGCUUUAUUAUACAUGGUUUAGAUGAUGCUUGGGAGUCAAGGAUCGACGAACAGAUCAAAGGUGCCACGAAGAUAGCGCAGGGCUUGGUGAAAAUCCUUCGUUUUGCCAAGGAAGUCUUCAUCGCCGGCCAUGAUAGUUAUAUCUGGGUAGAAACUUGUUGUAUCGACAAGACCAGCAGCGCGGAGCUCUUUCGGACAUUAAUGCCCAAGACCCUGAACACUGCGAAUUGCACAAGUCGAAGUGGUUCAGACGGGGCUGGACGCUCCAGGAGCUCCUUGCGCCUUCCAGUGUGGUGUUUUGACACGAAUGGGAAAGUCAUGUGAGAAAAGCAUGGCCAGGCAGAAAACCUGGAGAAUGCAACCGGUAUCUCGUCGGCUUAUAUCGACGGAAGGCUCGUGUUGCAAGACGCAAAUACUGCAAUGAUUACUUAGAAUCUUCGAAAUCAACAUGCCGAUGCUCUACGGUGAGAGAAGCCGUGCUUUCAAGUGGUUGCAAGAAGAAGAAAUUAUGAAAGUGUCUGUCGACAGCUCGCUUUUCGCUUGGAGCUGCUCUGGGCACGUGGAUUCCCCAUCAACAUGAAAAAUACUCCACCGAUGGGAUUCUUC